AUGUCAGCUCAUGUUCUGGAUGUUUUCAUGCUUUUUGGUGACUCGAUAACCCAAGGAGCAUGGGAGCCUGGUCGUAAUGGAUUUGGCCAACGUCUUUCUCAUGUUUAUGCCAGAAAGCUAGACGUUUUGAAUAGAGGAUUGUCCGGAUACAACACAAUAUGGAGCAUUCCGUGCCUCGAACAAUGUCUCGCGAAGAGUGCCGACAAGAGUGCGCCCAAAUUGCGGGUCCUGACCAUCUGGUUUGGUGCGAACGAUGCCUGCAUCAAGCCAUCGCCCCAGCACGUUCCCCUCCUGACCUUCGUGUCUAACCUCGAGCGAAUGGUCGAGAUGGUCAAAUCACCGACAUCUCCGCACUAUUCGCCAGAGACGCAUAUCAUACUAAUCAGCCCGCCGCCCGUCAACACGUUCCAAAGGCGAGCCGAUCUCGAGUCACGCAAUCCCCCACUCAAGCUGGACCGAGAGUUCGAAACCACGCGCUCGUAUGCUCAGGCCGUCCGUGACGUCGCGUCGGAGAAAGGUGUGGCGUUCGUGGAUGUUUGGAACUUGCUCUGGGAGGCUUCGGACCGGAAUGAACAAGAACUGAGCAGGUUUUUGAGCGAUGGGCUGCAUUUGAACGCGGAGGGUUAUCGAAUCAUGUACGAGGAUCUGGUGAGCACCAUCGCGAGAGAACAUCCGGAAGUCCACUAUGACAACAUCGGAUAUGUCUUCCCAGCAUGGGCUGAAAUUGACUGGGCAAAUCCUGACAAGAGUCUGUAUGUGACGAAGCGCGACGAGUAA